AUGGCAGGUACUUCAUUGAUAGCCAAUGCACCUGCUUAUGUAUUGUUUGAUUCAGGAGCCACACACUCCUUUGUAUCAACAACUUUAAUGGCUAAAUCUAGUAUUACCUGUGAUAACUCGAAAGGUACAUUAGAGGUUAGAAUUCCUUCGGGCAACCCUUUGAGUACUGAUAGAACAGCCAAAUCAGCAAGUGGAAUUCACCAUAGACCUAAUUCUCAGAGUGGCACCAGUGUCAAAAGCCCCAUACCGAAUGGCCUCGAAGGACCUACAAGAGUUAAAGAAGUAGUUACAAGAACUCCUAGAUAUGGGCUUUAUACGGCCAAGUGCAUCUCCAUGGGGUAUGCUGUGUUGUUCGUGGAGAAAAAGGAUGGAAGCAUGAGGAUUUGCAUCAAUUAUAGGGAGUUAAAUCGAUUAACUAUCAAGAAUAAGUAUCCACUCCCGAGAAUCAAGGAUCUUCACUGCCCAAGGGAUCGAGGUAGAUCGAGCGAAAGUGGAAACAGUAACCAACUAGAAAGCACCAACUAA